UCUUGGCGCCCGCCGCCGAUUGGUGGGCCCUGCCUCUGCGGGCGUGGGAGACCUCAGGUACUCUGUACCUCGCAGACCGCAUGCUCUUUCAUCCUCAUUUGCAGAUCCAUUCCCUCCCUCUGAGUAGUGCAUCGACACGCACGUUAUCCAAAGAUGCCGCCGGUGCGUACGAGCUCACAGCCGGGCGCGGUGGGGCCUGCGUGGUAUGACAAAGCACGAAUGGGCGCCAUGAUGGGAGGCACUGUCGGACUCAUCAUCGGGCUCAUCUUCGGCGCAACGAACAUCAUUCGAUACGGUCCUGGUCCUAAUGGCAUGCUACGAACGCUGGGACAGUACAUGUUGGGAUCCGCCGCGACAUUUGGCUUCUUCAUGUCCAUUGGCAUGACAAUCCGAACCGACUCCUCCCCGAUCCUGAUUGAAGCGAUGCAAAAGGCGCAGGCACGUCAUGGCAGGCCGGUGGUUCUGCCUCUGACCCGAUUCAAAAAGACAAAGGCGGAAGAGACGCAGUGAGCGAUGAUGUUCAAGCACUGUAUAAAUAUACCACUCCAUCGUUUAGCGCUGCAUGACCUGGUGUCGAUGGGAAUUCAUGGUACGCAGCUAGACUCUGUGUAACCAUCACGAGGGGAGGGGAUGUGUGAGGAUCUGUAGAUGAUGAUAUUUUGAAGGGGCUAAAGUACCUUGUGCGCACAUCUGCCGGUAGCCGCGUAUGUCCACACUUCGUCCGAUCCUUGUCCUGGCUUCUUGAUGUGGGCUUGAGCUGACCCGCGCGGUGACGCUUUCGGAGCCGAGACGAUGGGAUACUGGCUCUUCACGGUAUGAAACAUGGAAGCACGCCAAUAACCAUUCCAAAGCAGUGAUUCUGCAGCCCAUGCGCCGUGAAUUCGAGGGGCAGCCACCGCAGGCUUCAAG